GAUUGUUUUAUUACUAAGCGAUUGUUGGCUGAUUUGGUUGCAUAAAGCUUCCUCAUUUCUAUUUUGUGUACAAUUGGCGAGUUCGCGUCCGAUUGCCUUAGCAGCUGGUUGGCAGUUGUCGCGUACACCUAAUAAGUAUUUGUCGAGGAUAAUAAAGUUUUCGUUGGUUUUUCUAAAUUAAUUUUGGCAAAAUGACUGCUGAAAUAAAUAAAGGCCCCAUUCUUGGCCAGCGACAUCUACAAGUGUUUCUGCUAUUCACCUCGAUUGUGGUGAAUUAUGUGGCGAAAUUUAAUGCUAGUGUGGCGGUUGUGGCUAUGACGAAUGCCGAAACGACAAAUCCUAAUUUUCCGGAAUAUGAUUGGACUGAUAUGCAGAAGUCAUAUAUUCUGUCGAGCUUCUUCUGGGGUUAUUUCGUCACACAAUUCCCCGGCGGUUACCUGUGCCGACGCUUUGGUGCCAAACGCACUAUGCUACUCUCAACACUGGGCUCGUCACUUAUGGGUCUGUUGCCGCCAUUAUGUGUCAGUUGGGGCGGUUGGGGAGUCUACUGUGGCAUACGUGUCAUACAAGGCUUCUUCCAGGGUUUUAUGUUCCCCUGUGUCCAUGCACAUCUCGCAGCCUGGUGUCCGGUCAGUGAACGCAAUCGUCUGGGUGCUUUAGCCAAUACGGGCAUCGAAUGCGGUACGUUGCUCUCCAUGUUUAUAAGCGGUAUAAUUGCGGCCUCGGCGAUCGGUUGGCCGGGUCUCUUUUAUGUUGGCGGUGGCGUUGGUUUAGUUUGGUGUGUCGCAUGGAUCUUUUUAGCUGCCAAUGAACCAAGCCAAUCGAAAUUUAUCACAAAGGAAGAACUCAAUUAUAUUAACGCCUCGAAGAAUGUCACCAAAGAAGUGGAGGCCGGCGAAGUUGAGCGCAAGGUUCCAGUGCCAUGGCGUGCCAUUUUAACCUCAAUGCCAUUGUGGGCUUUAGUCAUUGCACGUUCGGCGCAUUCAUGGGGUUUCUCGACACUACAAGCCGAAAUUCCCUCCUAUAUGAAGGGGGUACUCAAUAUGGACAUGAAGAAAAAUGCUCUCUACUCGGCGCUGCCUUAUCUGGCGAUGUGGUGCAUGUCCUAUGUAUAUUUGAUUGCAUCGGAUGUGCUGCUGAAUCGUAACAUACUCUCACUUACUGCUAUACGCAAGACUUUCAACUCAUUGGCGCUGUGGACCCCAGCUGCUGGUCUGAUUGCUGUCGGCUUUUUGGGUGAAGACCAAAAGACUUUGGCUAUUGUGCUGAUGACUGCAAAUGUGGGCGUAAAUGCGGGUUCGACCAUCGGCAGCGCGCUCAACACCAUUGAUUUGUCGCCGAAUUUUGCGGGAAUUCUCAUGGGUAUCGUGAAUUCAGCGGCCAAUGUGAUACCGAUACUCACGCCGCUGCUGGUCGGUGUGGUGGUUAAGGAUGAGCAUAGUCGCACGGAAUGGCAGAUCGUGUUCAUCAUAGCCGCCGCCAUUUUCUUUUUCGGUAAUUUGUUCUACUUAGUCUUCGGUAGAAUGGAAUUACAACCAUGGGACGAUCCCAAUUUCUUGUUGCCUAAAAGCGUCGUUGACGUCAAACCACCAGCGGAGAAGAGCGAGAAGUCAGUGUUGGAUGAGAAACCGAAUAGUGUGGAGCCCGAAAAAUUAGCGAGUGCAAGCUCGUGAAAAGAACUGCCGGUAGUUUAGAGUGUGUUGUCCGUGUUGAUGUAUGUAAAUAUGUUGAUAUAGCGUAAGUUGUAAUAAAUAAAGUAAAAUAUUAUAAGAAAACAAAAAAUAAAUUAAUAAAUAAACAAAGAAGUGUA